AUGGUUCCAAGAGAUGGACUACCCAAAGCAUCCCUUCCUCAUAAAGAAAAAAUACACACUACUACAAGACUUAAAAAUGAAGUCAACGACAUCCACCGCAAUAUGUGCAGCAGCAAUAAUCCUGUUGAUGGUCUUGGCCGGAACGCAGGUGGCCACGGCGGUGACAUGCCAGGUUACACAGCUGGCUCCAUGUGCAGCGGCCAUCUCAUCAUCAUCACCACCGUCAAAGCAGUGCUGCGCAAAGAUACAAGAGCAGAGGCCAUGUCUAUGUCAGUACUUGAAGAACCCUAG